CGGACGGUCGUGAAGCGACAGGCGGAGUAAAGCCUUUCGUCCACUGUUUGUGUUUUCACGGUUGUUUUUGACCUCGACUUUGGAAUCUGCUUUACACAAUGGUUUGUGAAAAAUGUGAGAAGAAACUUGGUCGAGUUAUCACUCCUGAUACCUGGAAAGAUGGUGCAAGAAAUACAACAGAGAGCGGAGGACGGAAGCUCAACGAAAAUAAAAUGUUGACAUCAAAAAAGGCCAGGUUUGAUCCCUAUGGAAAGACAGGUUUUGCCACAUGCAGAAUUUGCAAAAGCUCUGUCCACCAAUCUGGGUCACACUACUGUCAGGGAUGUGCUUACAAGAAAGGGAUCUGUGCCAUGUGUGGCAAGAAGGUCCUGGAUACCAAGAACUAUAAACAGACCUCAGUGUGAUUGGCAGAGACAUAAAUUACAUACCUUUUAGAAGUUGGUUUUAGUGCCCGAUCAAUUUGUGAUGGUGUUUGUUAUUAUUCAGUGCAACCGUGCAGUUAUAUUUAACUGUACCCAAGCUGGAUAUCUGUCGUUAAUGUUAUUUUCCUCAGUAAAUUACAUUAAAGCAAUAUAGCACCUUGCACUGUUUGAAUAUAAUUAGAUGCCUUUCCUAUAUAAAAAGGUCUAAGUACUUGUUUUACUCAUGCUUUCUGGGCAGUCUUCACUAUUUAGAUGGUGAUGUAAUUGCAACCCAUGUUCAAUAUGUAUAUUGCGUUUGAAACACAAAUCACACUGCUUCCAGCACAGGUUAUUUUAUUACCCAGUAUGCACCGACAUUCAUCUUAACAUUUAAAUAUCAACUUUUUCCCAGAGGUAUUUUUUUAGGGUUGUGUAUAAUCAUUAACAGUUUAAUGUAAAGUUCAUCCAGUAAUCAUGAUCAUGACAUUGUUUUUAUUAUUAUUAUUGCCAUGUUUUCUGUAAGCACAUGUUCAUUUCUGCUUCAUAUUAUUUUCUGGCUGUAAAUAUGUUUUUGCUAUAAUAAAAUGGUGGAGUUAACCAUUGAAA